CGCUUAGGCCUGCCCAGGUCCGAGGUCCCUGUAACUGUAGGAUGUUGUCCUGCUCUGAGCGCCUUCGUACCCCGAGUGAUCAUGAGUCUUCCGGCCAAGCGUACGAGCUGCCUGGCGCCCGGCUUGCUGCAGAAUCUAACAGCCAUCGUCACCGGCGGGGGCACGGGCAUCGGAAAGGCCAUCGCGGGCGAGUUGCUGCAGCUGGGCUGUCAUGUGGUCAUUGCAUCCCGUAAGUUUGAUGUAUUAAAAUCUACUGCUGAUGAACUGAAGGCCCAGCUGUCUGCCACCCACCAGUCUCAAAUCACCCCUAUAAAAUGCAACAUCCGAAACGUAGAGGAGGUAAAUGAUUUGGUCAAAUCCACCUUGGAUAUUUAUGGGAGGAUCGAUUUUUUGGUGAACAAUGGAGGAGGCCAGUUCCUGGCUCCUGCAGAGGACAUCAGUUCGAAGGGGUGGCACUCCGUGGUCGACACCAACCUGUCGGGCACCUUCAACAUGUGCAAAGCAGUUUACAACUCUUGGAUGAAAGAACAUGGAGGAUCUAUUGUCAACAUCACCAUGCUUAGUAAAAAUGGAUUUCCAGGAGCUGCGCAUAGUGGAGCUGCCAGAGAAGGUGUUUGCUGCCUCACCAAAACCUUAGCUUUGGAAUGGGCCAGAAGUGGAGUAAGGCUCAACUGUGUUGCCCCGGGAAUCAUUUAUUCCCAGAGUGCUUUUGACAACUACAGUCACAUGACACCAGAAGUAAUUACAGGGUACAUUCGGGCAAUCCCAGCUAAAAGAUUUGGAGUUCCUGAAGAGGUCUCCUCCGUGGUGUGCUUCCUGCUCUCUCCAGCAGCUUCCUUUAUCACCGGGCAGGUCGUGGCUGUGGAUGGGGCCCAGUCUUUGUAUAAUUGCCUGUAUGAUGUACCAGAUUACCAGCCCUGGAGUGAGAAUGCCUGGCAUGCAACGUGGCUCUACUCUUAUUAGCUGGAUGACCUUAGGAAGAUUACCUUCUAUCAUAACAACUGGCCAGACGGAACAGGGGACCUUUCUGCUGUCAAAAAGAUGAAAGCAUCUUCAAAGAUUAAGGCCAGUCUCUAAGGAAAGAAGGAUACGUCUUCUGUCCCCAAAUGCCUUACCAUCUUUAAAAUGCACUUCUAUACUUUAUAGGAGUUUGUAAUUUGUGGAGGGAAAUCGUUUGGUGCCUUUUUCAGAUUGUUGACUUUGUCUAUGCAAAAAUGAUUCCUGAUAUAAAUGCAUUUUUAAGUCUCAAUCAAUACCUUUUAGCCAGUGAUUUAAAACAUUUUUAAGAAUGGAAAUUAACAUACUUUAUGAUUAUACUUUUUGUUUCUGGAAGGGUGUUUGAAAGAUGAAAUAACUUCUCCCAAAACGUUUAACUGUAGAGGCAGACAACAAAUCUAAAUUGUGGCAUCAUUACAAUUCUGAUAACCAGAGUCAUACAGUGAUAUAUUUUACCUUGCAAAUACUUUGGAUCAAUAAAGCUUUAUGGCAAUUAUCGA